AUAAUUUAAAACCCUAAUGGAUUGUAAAAAACGCAAGGAUUUGCAUCCAGUCACAGAUCUUGUCUUCAUCGCGAUUCAAAUCUACAUGAUUACCCUUGUUCUCCAGUCUAAUUAAUUCUGAUUGAAAUGGCGGCAAUUGCAGUUAAUCAGUUUGCUGAGUGCGUUACUUGCCAUGCUUGGAGCCCCGAUCACUCAAUGAUAGCUCUUUGUCCAAACAAUCAUGAGGUUCACAUCUAUAAAUCAGUUGAAGAAAAUUGGGAAAGGAUUCAUGUUCUGCAAAAGCAUGACCAAAUUGUUGCAGGAAUAGAUUGGAGUAAAUCAUCAAACAGAAUAGUUACUGUGUCUCAUGAUCGCAAUUCGUAUGUCUGGAACCAAGAAGGAUCUGUAUGGGUACCAACUCUUGUUAUUCUCAGGCUCAACCGAGCUGCACUCUGUGUGCAAUGGAGCCCUAAAGGAAACAAAUUUGCUGUGGGAAGUGGAGCUAAAACUGUUUGUAUAUGUUACUAUGAGCAGGAGAAUAACUGGUGGGUUAGUAAGCUAAUCAGGAAAAAGCAUGAUUCUUCUGUGACCAGUGUUGCUUGGCAUCCUAAUAAUGUUCUCAUUGCUACAACAUCUACUGAUGGAAAAUGUAGAGUGUUCUCGACUUUUAUUAAAGGGGUUGAUGCAGGUAAACCAAGGAAAUCAGGAAGUGGCUCCUCAUUAGAUGCAAAAUUUGGAGAGCAAAUUGUUCAGCUUGAUCUCUCAUUUUGCUGGGCCUUUGGUGUCAAAUGGUCCCCAAGUGGAAAUAGCUUAGCUUAUGUAGGUCAUAAUUCAAUGAUAUACUUUGUUGACCAUAUCGGACCUUCCCCUUCUGCUCAAAGUGUAGUAUUGCGUGAUUUGCCUCUUCGUGAUGUGGGUUAUGUUUGUCUCUGAGAAACUUGUAAUUGGUGUGGGCUAUGACUGCAAUCCCAUGGUUUUUGCAGCAGAUGGAAUAGGAUCAUGGAGCUUUGUGAGGUUCCUUGAUGAAAAAAAGUCAACAUCUUCUAGUGCAAGAUAUGGGUCACAGCUGACAGAAGCAUUUGGGAAGUUCUAUGGAAGCUCAAAACAGGGAACCAGUAAUGAUAAGUCUCGUGGUGGUGUUCAUGACAACUGCAUCAAUUGCAUUGUGCCUUUCAAGACAUCAUCAGGGAGUAACAAAAUGACAAGCUUUAGCACUUCAGGACUAGAUGGAAAAGUUGUGAUAUGGGAUUUGAAAAAUCAGGAAGACUUACUCGAGUAUAUGUAAUGUAAAUCUUAUGAAUAAAGGUUGUACCCCAUGCAUGGAUGAUUAUACUUUUCAAGCUUCUAUCUGGAGUGUGUCUUUUUAACAUCCGUAUUUUUGUUUUUCACAUGGUGUUUCUUAUAUACUAGAACAAUAUAAAUCAAGUAACGAUGCUA